UCGGUUGCAGAAUGCAGACAAGACAACGGUCACGGUACUAGCUCCACUCUCCACUGAUCCAGUCCACACUUGCAAACCAAUGAAGCCCACCACCACCGUCGGGUCAAGCUUCCAGAAAGACGCCGCCGACAAGUCUGAUGGCGGCCGCGGCGGCGUGCUCUGGCCGUCGCGGGCAUGCUACCUCGUCGCCCUCGCCACCACUUUCUGGGCCGUGGCGUCCGUUCUGUUCCAGCCGUCUCCCUUCUCCCUUCCCCUGCUGCCCAGCGUCACCGUCCGCCGGCACUCGCCCCACGAACAGCCGCCGCCGGCGCAGCCGAACCAGACCGCGGCGGCGGACCCCUGCGCGGGGCGGUACAUCUACGUGCACGACCUGCCGCCGCGCUUCAACGACGACAUCGUCCGCGGCUGCCGCGCGCUCCGGCCGUGGAUGGACAUGUGCCCCUACAUGCCCAACUGCGGCAUGGGCCGGCCGCUGGGCGCCGAGGGCGGCGCCUUCCCGGGCCGCGGCUGGUUCGCCACCGACCAGUUCAUGCUCGACGUCAUCCUCCGCUGCCGGAUGCGGCGCUACGCGUGCCUCACGGCCGACCCCGCCCGCGCCGCCGCCGUCUUCGUGCCGGCCUACGCCAGCCUCGACGGCGGCCGGCACCUCUGGAACGGCACCGCCACGCGGGACGCGCUCGCGGCCGACCUCGUCGCGUGGCUCGCGUGCCGCCCCGAGUGGCGCGCCGCGGGCGGCCGCGACCACUUCCUGGCGGCCGGCCGGACCGCCUGGGACUUCCUGCGCAAGACCGACGACGACAGGGACUGGGGCACCAAGCUGCUCCGCCUCCCGGCCGUCCGGAACAUGACGGCGCUCGUCCUGGAGGUCGACCCGUGGCACCGGUCCGCCACCGUCGCGGUGCCUUACCCGACCAACUUCCACCCGGAGACGGCCGCCGACGUGCGCGCCUGGCAGGCGAAGGCGCGCGCGGCGGAGCGCCGGUGGCUCUUCUCGUUCGCCGGCGCGGCCCGGCCCGGGAGCAACGGGACCGUGCGCGCCGAGAUCUUCCAGCAGUGCGGCGCGUCGAGCCGGUGCGGGAUGUUCCGGUGCGCCAAGGGGUCCGAGUGCGAGGCGUCGCCGGGCGCCGUGAUGCGCCUGUUCGAGAGCUCCAGCUUCUGCCUGCAGCCGCGCGGGGACACGGCGACGCGCCGUUCCACGUUCGACGCCGUCGUGGCCGGGUGCAUCCCCGUGUUCUUCCACCCGGACUCGGCGUACACGCAGUACACGGCGCACCUCCCCGAGGAGCCAGAGAGGUGGUCGGUGCUCAUCAUGCACACCGACGUGACGGCCCGGAACGUGAGCAUCGAGGAGACGCUCGCCAGGAUCCCGCCGGAGACGGUGAGGGCGAUGCGCGAGGAGGUGAUCCGGCUCAUCCCGAGGGUGGUGUACGCGGACCCGAGGUCGGCGCGCGUCGACUUCAAGGACGCGUUCGACAUCGCGGUGGAGGCGGUCCUCGACCGAGUGGCCAAGCGGCGGCGCGGCGACGCCGUCGACGUCGAGGGAUGCUGAUGGGCCGGUCUCCGGCUUGGGGGAUCUCUGUCUCGACUCUGCCACCGUCACGUUGGAACCCCUUCCACCUUCCUCGAUGGGCCAUGGGCCCAUGGCGACGUGCGCACACGCAUCUAGGAGCAUUUGGAUGCCACUUGGACGCGUGUCUCUUCCUGCCAUGCGCCCAUGCGGCGGCAUGGGCGCAUAGUGGCGCGCUCUGCGGAGCAGCCCUGAGCAUUCCUUUUUAUUUUAUCUUGGUUGGGUUCACUCUUUUAACGGCGGCGUCCAUGGCAUUGCCCUGGAGGUUUUUGGCGACGGCGGCGGGCUUCAUUUGCAGGUGUUGUUCUAUUUGAAGUUGCACGUGCUCUGAUCGUAUUCUCCAGCUACGUGUUCUAGUUUAGUUCCCGUCAAAAUUUUUAUAUAUCAAUCACAUCAAUGUUUGAACAUAGGAUCUGACUCUUUGUCAAAUGAUUGAUAUUUAGAUAUCUGUCAAUCACUUGUUGUCCAUA